AUGCCUUCAGUACAGGCCGCACGUCCAAGCCGUGUACCGCUCACGAACCAACAACUACGCGGGCUUCCGGAAGUACUAGCGGCGUCGUUUGGCUAUGAGCCUCGCGAGUUCCAGACAAGGGCGAUUGCUGCUCAGCUGCAGCGCAAGGACGUCGUCGUGCAUGCCGGAACUGGCUUCGGGAAGACCGCAAUUGCUGCGGGGCCCCAUAUGCAUGAGAGUGGCAAGGGUGGUGUCACCCUCAUGAUAUCGCCGCUCAUUGCCUUGCACGACGAGCAGGUCGAGACCUUUCGGAGCGAGUUCGGGCUUACUGCAACUGCAGUCAACAGCAGUCAUGGUGGCUGCAGCAAGGAGAAACUUCAAGAGAUUGUCGCGGGGAAACAUCAGAUCGUGCUCAUCUCUCCCGAAAUGUGCCUCUCGCGCCGGUUCACGCGCGAGGUCCUACAAAACCCAGGCUUUGGCGCGAUGCUUCUCUCCGUUGUUGUUGACGAAGCCCACGUCGUCUCGCACUGGGGUGCCCAGUUCCGCAAAAAGUACGGGCAAAUCGGACAGAUUCGAGCAUUCAUUCCUCGACGAACACCUAUUGUAGCAUUAUCUGCGACGCUGUCCGCUCGCAUUCGAGAUGAUGUCCUGGCUAAACUUCAGUUCCACAAAACAGACUUUGUCAGCGUCGAUGUCGGCAACGAUAGACCGAAUGUCUCACUGGUUGUCCGCGCUAUGCAGCACCCGAUGAACACCUACGCCGACCUGGACUUCAUCAUUCCUCCGUCUGUGAGGGAAGUCAGCGACAUAAAGAAGACCUUCGUAUAUGCCGACAACAUACAGGUUGGCAUUGAAAUUGAAGACCAUCUCGAAGAUCUUCUACCGGAGAAUCUUCAAUCGACCGGGGUCAUUCGACCAUACAACGCAGCGUUCUCCAAGGAGUAUCGCGCGGAAGUCAUGCGACUCUUCAGGGAAGGCACCGUUCGAGUUCUUGUCUGUACGGAUGCUGCAGGAAUGGGAUGUAACAUACCGGACAUUGAUCUGGUGGUGCAGUGGAAGUUGACCACCUCUUUGUCAUCGUUCGUACAGCGCGCGGGGCGGGCAGCGCGAGGCCGUGGUCGCGUCGGUCUUGCUGUAUUGCUGGUCGAACCAUCAGCGUUCCUUGUCGACUUAUCCCAGGCGGUGUCUCCGGAUGAUGUCGAGGCUGGCAGCAUGGGUAAGAAACACAGAAAGAAGCGCAGAAAUCAUGGCAAACGUACCAAGAAGGCCGCCAUCGCCCGCGGCCUAUUCCGAGGGGCAGCGGACACAAAGCAUGACAACGUGUUCGUGCGCGAGCAGCCGCCGCUCGAUUGGUCCUCUGAUAACGAGAACCUCUUGGUCUUCGUGCAGACCGGGAUCUGCCGACGUGCAGUGUUGACCGAGAUCUACAAGAACCAGCCGCCCAGCCCAACCGUCCCUUGCUGCGACAUCUGUGACGGCACAUUGCUUGACUUAGUCAGACCAGGAAGACCACCCGCCACAGCGCGUCAGACGAAGAUCAAACGUGGGAUUCCACACACACCUGUUCAGCAAAAACUGCGGGAGUGGCGCAGGCUUGUAGUCACGCGAGACUAUCCACGCGGUCUAUUCGGAGGGUCAGCCUUUCUCAAGGACGAGACGGUGGAGCUACUCGCAUCCGUCGGAUCGUUCGACACUGAAGCACGCCUCGUGAAGAUCCUUGGCAGCCAGUGGAAGUGGUACCCGUCCCAUGGACGAGAGCUCUUCGGGAUCCUGAAGUCAUUCAGCAUCCCCUUCAUCGCGCCUUCCGGGAAGAAGACGACGCGAGGGAAGAAGCGCAGCAACGCACCAUUAACGACCGAGCUGCCUCGAGAAGCUCCCACUCCGCUGCUCGCGCGCGAAACGCCAGGCGCGCACAUAACGAGCAGCGCCUUCGAAUCGGAGGCGUCUUCGUCAACUGUCGGUGCAGCCGAGCCCGCUCUCCAGUUCAGCUAUGAUCCCUACUCCAAUCCGCCACUACCUCCAACAACAACAACCGCUCUGAACCCUGAAUGGGGGACGAUGUCCAUGUAA